AUGUAUAACUUUACUGAAUGCCGCUUUUCAUUUCUGGUUACGUAUACCGCGGGGCCAAAGAACGAUUUGAAGGUCAGAUUCUGGGAUAGCAUUCCAUUCUGCAAAACUGGCUCCAGGUAUGCCUUGUUCGGAACGGGUGUCAAUCUUAUUACUCUCCCACCGCAGCAGCAUCUUCAGCCCGUUUUCGCCCGACUUUUAGCUCGCCGGAUUCCGAAGAUCAUCGCGGCACCUUUCUCCUCCGAAUUCGCUCCGUCCUCCUCCUAUUUUUGACGUGUUGAUUGAAAUCUGCCCGCACCGGCGACAGUCUUUCGAUUCCUUCUUCUCUCCUGUUAUUUAUAUUAAUCGCUUCAGAAAACAAAUGUCCGCUGAACUGAUCCAGUCCUACAACGAGCAGGUCCUCAGCCGCGAGCCUCACGAACUCGACCAGUCGGUUCAGCAGACUCAACUGGGUGAGGCCGAGUUGGCACGGCCAGAGGACUUCGUCGAACCCCAAGAAGUGGCCGAGGACAAGUUCGUGGAGGACGACCAGCAUCAGAACUACCGAUCCCGCAACACCUCCACCAGCUCUUCUGGACACAGCUCCGAAGCUCGUGAAGCCAACUCUCACGAGUAUCACGCUCAACCCGAGAUCCAACCAGAAGAACAUGAACUGCGUCACCGCGAGCUUGAAAAACACCCGAAUCCGGAAAGAGAAGAGACUUCUGUCAUCGAAGUCAUCAAAGAAGAAAAGCUCAAAGUCACGGAAACCACCAAAACCAGGGAGAUCGAUGAAGUCACGACAACCACCGAGUCAAAGGUAAGUCAAAAUUUGUCACUAUUUGAAAAAUACGAGGUCAUUUCAAAGUAAUCGGCCUGGUUACACGGUGCAAUCAUUAAAUUUGAUAAAAAUCACUGCGCAAAAUAAAACUCACUAAAUGCCCUUUAUACUGCACUGAAUUUUUGUCUUUGAUAAUUCAAAACAACACUACUAUUUGUUUUAGCCUACUCCAAAACCUUUAGUCAAGCGAGAUUUCCCUCAGGCAGCUCCAACUUCAGAAACCACGAAAUCUUUAGAAAAAGACGAGAACGACUGGGCCCUCAAGAACCAAGGACGAGGAAAGAUCAACGCCUUGAUCGCUCGAUUUAACAAUGGUGCCGUGCUCAACGAGUCCUCUGACAACACUCACCAGUAUAAAUCAGGUAACCCAAUCUUAACUUAACAAGUAUUACCUAAAUCUCAAUAACUUGGUAAGUGAUACCUAAAAUAUAAAACUAUUUCUAUAAAAAGGGAACAGUCACAGUACUUCUUAAAGAACAAAAUGUAGCCUCCAUUGGCAUUAAUAUAAAGCAAUUACCUUAUUAUUUUACACACUUAUUACCUAAAAUAAUGUGAAACCUUUCAGAUUACGGCGUGGGGAAAGGUAAAGGACAACUGAGACAGGACGUCUUCCAAUGA